AUGAACGAGGAGGCGCAGAACCACUCUGCCUUUUUUAUCAGGGUGAAGAACCCAGCUGAGCGCGAUGAAUUAAAACCUGGAGACCUCAUUGAGAUCUUCCGAUCGGCUUCUCAGCACUGGGCCAUCUACGUGGGGGACUGGAAGGUCGUCCACUUGGCCACCGAAAAUGGCAUUCCCCUGGCAUUCACAUCCAACAGAUCUUUCGUCAAAAAGGAUUGGCUGGAGGAUGUGGUACGGAAGGACCAGUACCGUGUGAACAAUAAAUAUGACGAGACACACCCGCCUCUCCCCCUUGCCAAGAUCCUCUGGCAGGCCGAGGAGCUAGUGGACAAGGAGAUGCCGUAUGACUUGACGCCCCAGAACAGCGAACAGUUAGUUUUGGAGCUGCGAUAUGGAGUUGACAUGAACGAACAGGAUGAAAUAAAACCCGGGGACCUCAUAGAGAUUUUCCGCUCUUGCUAUCAGCACUGGGCCAUCUAUGUUGGAGAUGGAAAGGUAGUUCACCUGGCCCCUGAAUGUGACCGUCUCGCUAACGGUGCUGCCAGCGUUUUGGCAGUGCUGUCUGACAGAGCGUACGUGAAGAAAGACUGGCUGGAAGUCGUGGUACGGAAGGACCCAUACCGAGUGAACAACAAGCACGACAGCACGCUUCCGUUGGUGCCCCUUGCCAAGAUCCUUCAGAGGGCAGAGGAAUUGGUGGGCAGGGAGAUGCCCUAUAACCUGACUACCCAUAACUGUGAACAUUUUGUAAUGGACUUACGAUAUGGAGUUGCAAUGAGCGACCAGGUCACUGACGCCAUCGCCGUGGGGACGAUUGGCAUGAUGGGCGUAGCGGCUGCCGUGCUUCGAUCCGCGGCCAAGAGACGCAAGCAGCGCUACGAAUAG